AUGGCGCUCCGACGACCACAUCGGAAAUCUCGCCACGGCUGCGGGGAAUGCAAGAGGCGGCGAGUGAAGUGCGAUGAAGAAAGACCAUCCUGCACCAAUUGUACCAAGCGUCAUUCCGAAUGUGAGUACGGGUCGUCAACCUCGCUAUUGUGGGCAAAUGAAGAACAUCCCACGACAUCCUUUGGGUCCGACAGCGGACAGGCUGGUGACCCAGCAUUGAGACUUCGUUCACCCUCGAGUUCAACUGCAGAAGCGGGGGCAACAGAUUCCCUCGGGAUUUUAAGCCAACUCGGUAGCGAAAACGCCUCGGCCUCCGCGGGUUCCGCACUGAACCUCCACGACCUGGAGCUGAUGAUACAGUGGUGCAACGCAACAUUUCACACACUGUCGCGCAAUGAGACGACCGAUCCAAUCUGGCGCAACAUUGUUCCCGAAGAGGCACUCUCGCACCCAUUUCUAAUGCACGGCAUCCUGGCCCUGUCAUCGCUGCAUCUUGCUCGGACGGGGCCGGAGCUGACCCGUCGUGCCUCAUAUCUCAAUCGUGCCGUCGCGCACCAGAAUCAAGCGCUGGCGCUAUUUAGGGAGCUAUUGGGUGACGUCAAGGAGAGCAAUGCCAAGGCGAUGUUUGCCUUUGCCGGAAUUGUGGUUAUCUACACGUUUGCAUUCCCACAUACACCGGACGCGCAGGAUCCGUGGUCCUGCGUCGACGAUUUGUACCAGGUUCUUGUUUUGACGCGCGGCGUGCAGCAGGUUAUUUAUGCGCCGCGGAACUUUACAAGUUUUUUACAUGAUAGUUCUUUUGGACCGAUUUUGCAGAUCGAGGAGGUUCAUGGUCCGCUUCCUGAGGACGCGACUGAUAUGCUCAAGCAACUGCGUGAGGCAAAUGAAGUCUGCGGGUCACGGGAUGCGAAUCACGAACUGCGGGUUUACGAAGCAGCCAUCGCGAAUCUGGAAGAAAUGCUCGGUUGGUGCUAUAGUGGGAUGAGGGCAAGCACGAUUGCCGGGAGGUGGGCGAUUCGCUUGCAGCCUCGGUUCAUGGAGUUGCUACGCGAGCGAGACCCCUUGGCGCUAGUCAUGUUAGCCCACUAUGGCGUGCUCUUGCACUAUUUGAAGCAUCGCUGGUGCUUUGACGAGUGGUGUGUUAGAGUCUCUAAGGCCGUAUGGGCAAUAUUAGACGACCAGUGGAGGCCGCUGGUCCAGUGGGCAAUGAAGGAAACUCUCGGUGUUAACUUUCUAGAACAGGUUAACAGUUGA